UCUGGCGCUGGGAUGUGAUGCGCAUGCAUAGUUCUUUUCGGGCCACCACAGCAGGAAAUUACAGCAACAACAGCAGCAUAGCCAAAUGCCAAAAAUCAGUAGAUAUUUACGUCGGUAGCAUAGAGCACGUACUGACGACAGCCAACCAGCAAGCCAGUCGAACAGCCAGCAGCCCAUCAUCCAGCCGAGCUUCCUUCAAUACACAACUGAUUAAUAAUUGCUGUCCAAAGUAAUCGAGACGACAGAGGUUAAUUAGAAAUUCUGAAAACAACAAUUCCAUCCUUGAGCUACGUCCACGAGCAGCCAGUGAAAGUUCUCCCAUCAGAUUUUGCAUCAUCUCCCGCAUCCCCUCUCUCAGCAAACGUUAAAGCAGGUCAACAAGAAGAACCAACCAUUAUGAAACCAACGAUGAGACAUCAUGUCCUUUUAUCCUUUGUCAUCUGCCUGAUUUGUGCUGCGGCCGUGGUCCAUGGCGACGAGAAGAAUAUAAACAAGCUGCUGAACAAUCAGGUGAUUGUCAGCCGCCAGAUAAUGUGUGUUCUCGAAAAAAGUCCCUGUGAUCAAUUGGGCAGGCAGCUGAAAGCUGCUCUACCCGAGGUAAUUGUACGCAAUUGCCGCAACUGUUCCCCGCAACAGGCGCAAAAUGCUCAAAAACUGACAACAUUUUUACAAACCAAAUAUCCCGAUGUUUGGGCCAUGUUAUUGAGGAAAUACAAGACAUAAAUAAAUGGCCACACGCCAGCAGCAAGUUAAGCAGCAGAACGGUGGAGCAUUACUACUACAAACAGCAACAACAACAACAACAAACUAACUUCAAACAAGCAUCAAUGUAAAAUAGUAUGGAAUUGUCAUCUCCCGAAAACAAGUAGUUGUACUCUCGAUAUAGAACACACA